GUACACACAGCAGCACACACGGGACCACACACAACCCGCCCCGGGGAGGGAGGCAGCGGGGACGCGCCCACCGCGGGGACACCACCUGCUGCUGCAGUCAGUGCCGCACACACGCCGCCGGUGAUCAUAGCGCCCGGUACCGGGAGAGGGGCGGACAUGGCCGGGAAGCGCUUCGUGCUGUUUGACCUAGGAGGGGUGCUGCUGACCCCGGCCCCGCAGGCUGCGCUACAGCGGCUGGAGCUCUCCCUGCACCUGCCCAGUGGGUUCUUUGCUAAUGCAUUUGUGAAGAGCGGCCCAGACGGACCCUUUGCCCGGGUCGAGAGGGGACAGAUUCCGUUUUCUCAGUUUGUUACAGAAAUGAACAAGGAAUGCAGGGUCUUUGCUGAAGAAUCUGGGGUCACCCUCCCUGUCUCCUUCUCCCUGGAAGAGGCUUUCCACAGCACGUUUGAGGCCGGGGCAGUCAAUAAGCCGCUCCUGAAGGCCGCCUUGGCACUGAGAAAGAAUGGGUUCAAGACGUGUGUGCUGACCAAUAACUGGGUGGACGACGGCGUCGGCAGACAUCACACCGCGGAUCUACUCGCUUAUCUGAACAGACGCUUUGAUUUAGUGAUUGAAUCCUGCCGCAUCGGAAUGAGGAAACCGGAAACCCGGAUAUACGAGUACGCUCUGAAGAUGCUGGAAGCUAAACCUAGUGAGACUAUUUUCCUGGAUGAUAUUGGUGCCAACCUGAAACCAGCCCGUGACUUGGGCAUCUCUACUGUGCUGGUCAGAGACACGGAAAAAGCAUUAAAAGAGCUGGAACAGUUGUCCGGCAUCCAGUUGGUGGAGAAGGAGGAAGCGUUGCCGAUUGCAGCUGACCCUGACUCUGUGCCGCAUGGAUUUGUCACGGUGAAGCCUGGUGUGAAGCUGCACUAUGUAGAGAUGGGGAACGGGCCUGUCAUCCUCCUGUGUCACGGCUUUCCAGAGAGCUGGUACUCCUGGCGGUAUCAGCUGCCCGCUCUGGCUGAUGCCGGAUACAGAGUUAUAGCUCUGGACAUGAAAGGAUACGGCGACUCCUCCGCUCCGCAAGAGAUAGAAGAAUAUUCUCAACAAGAACUUUGCAAGGACUUGGUCGUUUUCCUGAAUAGACUGGGUAUCUCCCAGGCUACUUUUAUCGGACACGACUGGGGUGGCGCUGUCGUCUGGAACAUAGCUCUUUUCUAUCCAGAAAGAGUCCGGGCGGUUGCGUCACUCAAUACUCCAUUCUUUGCUGCCAACCCAGAAGUCAGAGCCAGUGAAAGGGUGAAAGCCAACCCUCUGUUUGAUUACCAGAUUUACUUCCAGGAGCCGGGUGUUGCUGAGGCAGAACUGGAGAAAAAUUUGGAGAGAACAUUUAAAAUAUUUUUCCGAGGUACAGGGGAAAAGGACAAGCUUCCACCUUUCAUAGGAACGAGCAGUGUGUGCGCGAGAGGUGGGCUGUUUGUCGAUCUACCGGAGGAAAUACCUCUCUGCAAAAUACUUGGUGAAUCUGAGCUGCAGUUCUAUGUCGCCCAGUUCAAGAAGAGCGGGUUCAGGGGUCCGCUGAACUGGUAUAGAAAUAUGGACAGGAGCUGGGAGUGGACAAAGACCGCCCACGGCUGGAAGAUCAUGGUCCCAUCUCUAAUGGUGACAGCCGGCAAGGACCCGGUGCUACUACCAGUGUAUACUACCGGCAUGGAGAAACUGAUCCCUAAUCUGACCAGAGAACACAUAGAAGUGUGCGGGCACUGGACACAGAUGGAGCGGCCGGCUGCCCUGAAUGAGAUCCUCCUCAAGUGGUUGGGAGAGAUUCACACGUCCGCUGUCCCUUCCAAGCUCUGAGCGUCGCAGCUCCCUCCUGCCCGCGUCUUUGUACUUGCUGCACACAGAGGAGCAUCCGCCGAGGGUGGCCGAGACUGGAUCCCUGCCUGACACCAGCGCGCUAAUUGUCUGGUGGUCGUGCGACUAAUGCAGAAAGUGGUUCCUAUUAGCAAAGCCUUAACAGGAAAUUGCUAUCUAUAAUGAAUGUUUUUACAGAUUCCACAUAAUAAUUACCUUGAAUGUUUUGCCAGAAACUGCAAAUUAUGACUAAUAAAGUGUUUUUUAUGCAAUUAAA